CUUAUGGAGUCACUGGGAUCAAGGCAGGCGUUUCGACUCUUUCCAACACAUGGACUCCAAGGGCGUAGUUCCACGUCGCCACCACACCCACUCCCAACAACCGCUACGGGCCCCUCCUCGGCCUUGCUCCUAUCCCUGUAGCACGCAUUGUUGCGGCGCGGAUGACGCGUGGGUGGUGCAUUCAUAUAACAAACAUGUAGCUUGCAGGCCUCAGGUAGUACCGCUUUCUGCUCUUCUGUUGUCGCUCCUUUGCAGCUUUGCGGCGCAGCCUUCCCCUCCCCUCUCGUUUUGAUUCAUCCUGCCUGACGAUUGCUGCCUUGGGAAUUAGCCCGUUUUUCUGAUAUCCAAGUCUGACAGCGGGUCCUGUCCUGACCUGACCUGUCCUUUCCUUUUCUCUUCGUCUUUCCCGCCCCCGUUUCAGUGCCUGUGUGUAACGUUUUAUACCCAUCAUGAAUGAAAAAGCCACCACAUCAAACUCCACAGUCAAUACCGAACCAGCGCGUAUGGCUUCGCUUUCAGUACCCUCGCCUCAGCCCGUUUCAGCCUCAUCCGGCGGUUCCCAUAAGAUGGCCUCGCAUCGGUCCCUCUCCACUCAUGGACUGCCUAAAGCGCCUCGCACAAUGUCACCAGAACGACCUCAUCGUUUCUCAGCACUGGGCUUUCCGUCACCAUCUUCCACAUCGGCCACUAUGAGCCCCAGAUCGCCAGGUCCCAUGUCUCCACCACCUUCCGCCAGGAGUUUCGGUACCUUCAUUGACUCCGAACCGUCAACACCCGCCUACUCUCCAAGAAUGGACCAUGAUUGGGACAACUCAACCUUGGUUUUGCUCCGACCAUUGUCUUCGUCUUCAGCACCUUCGACUCCCACAGAACCUGUUUGGGACAUGAUGCCCAUGCAGCUCCCGCAAAAGCCAAUGAUGACGACCCGCUCCAAGACUUCUGUCCCCAGAAAAGACAGCUCUGUCAGCACAACGGCAUCCUCUUAUCCAGUCAAGCAGGCCAGAUUAGUUGAGCCGCCGAAGCAGGUUAGGUUGCUCGACCUUGCCCAAAUGGAGAAUCAGACCCCACAGGAGAGAGACAACAAUGAUCAUGCGAACCACAAGCUGGAGGAAGAGCAAAAUAGCAAUCCUGGCACAGCCCCGCUUGGCAAGUUGGCAUCCAAGAUGAGAUUACUGCUCCGACGGAAGAACACAAACAACAAGAAGAAGGCGAAAAAGGAGAAGGACUACUACGACGUACAUCGCAUGGACGACGUGCACUGGACGGAAAUUAAAAUACUGUCGUCUCAUAAUGGCCUGUCAAAUUCGCCUGUUUUGCGCUCCGCCUUCCCAACCAAAACGGUCCUCUUCCUUCUCGUUUUAGGUGGCCUGGUUUACUACUUCGUCGACGUCCGCGAGGAAGACUGGACCGAUGACAUCUACACAUCUUAUGUCGAAGAUCAAAACCAAGCUACACCUCUGCACUUUUAUGCCAAUAAAGAGGAACUGGCCCACUGGAUCCAAUUUCACAUCCCGGACCCAAGUGCACCCUUGAAGGACCCCAAUGUCGCGCAAUUUUUCUCGGACCAGUUCGAUAAGUUGGCGUUUGGGUGGAUGAUGACGAAGGAAGACGCGAGCAGAGAUGGCAUGCCUCUCACGCAUGGCGUAAGGUUCAGAAGCAAUGAGCCUUGUGAAGACUAUUAUGCUCUUGGCACUUCACCUGGCCCUGGAGAACGACCGUGGAACUACUGGUCAAUUAUGGAUGGACAUGCCGGUAGACACACGGCGUUUUACCUGCAAUGGACGCUCAUCCCACACCUGUCCUCGGCGCUGCUGGGUCUUCCAGCUACUUCGUCGUCGCCAGAGAUUGUGGAGACGAUCAAACGAACCUUCCUCCGUGUCGACAAGCAAAUCAUGGACUCUGCCCGCACAGCAGCAAACUGGUUUCCUGCCGCAAAUGCAGCAGCGAUUGCCGCCUUGACGCCGGCAUUCUCGGGAUCCUGUGCACUGCUCGCUGCUUUUGACCCUGCAAACGAUACGCUCCGCGUAGCAUGCACAGGAGAUUCGCGCGCCGUGCUCGGCCGCUGGGAUCCCUCUUCCCAAUCCUAUACCACGAUCCCGCUCUCAGUAGAUCAAACCGGCUUCAACGAAAAGGAAGUCGAGAGACUAGCUGCAGAGCACCCGGAUGAGCCCGAUAUCAUUGACCCCAAAUCCGGACGUCUGCUCGGCAUCGCAGUAACGCGUGCUUUCGGCGACCAUCGAUGGAAAUGGGACAACGACUUCAUCAAGGCCGUGCAAUGCAAGUUCUGGGGCACUGCGCCACGGUCAGGAAGUAAGACGCCGCCAUACAUGACGGCUGAGCCGGAAGUCACGGAGACGGAGGUUGUGCGCGUGGAUGCAAAGGACAAGGGAGCAAGAGGCAAGAGCGACUUCAUGAUCAUGGCUUCCGAUGGCCUUUGGGACCGCAUCUCUUCCGAGCACGCAGUCGAGUGUGUGGAGCGCUGGCUAGACGCCAAAGACCGCGGCAACGGCUCCGUCAAGAACGACCCCCAGCUCCUCGCCAACCCACCUGUUUUCCCCACACCAUUUGCUCUAGAUUCAGGCGUGGAUGUUGAUGUCGAGAAUGGCAAGGAGGUAGAUUGGCAAGCCACGCCUGAGUACUUUGCCAUUGAAGACGAAAACGCAGCAGUUUGUCUUGCACGAAACGCCAUGGGUGGUACGCGGAGAGGGCUUUUCUUCGGUAUACUUAGUGUGCCAGGCCCGCUGGGAAGAAAUGCCGUCGAUGAUACGACGAUCAUGGUGGUCUUCUUCGACAAGUUGGGCGAGGGACCCGAUGUCAAGGCGAAGACUACGAAGAGGAGUUGGUGGCCAUGGUGA